GCGUGACUUGACGACGCGCACGUCAAACACGAUUGUCACACAAUAAAAUGCCGUAAAAAGAUAUGAACAAGUCGUUGGAUUUAGCGAAAGGAAAACGUGAAAAAAUUAUUUGUGGAUGCUGUACAAAACCGGAAGACUUUAGUAGCGAUCAAGUGAUUUUCGAUUAUUUCGGCAGGGAGUUUACCGAGUAUGAAUACGUGAUUGAGAAUUUAGCCAUUAGACCUGCCCCUAAGAAAUUAUUGGAUUUGGUUCCGGUACAUUCCGCGAAUGUUUCUAAGACUUCCAGUGAAUGUAAUUAUUUGGACUCGGAACAGAAAAUGCUCUCGCAUUACCCAAACAAGCAGCCGACAUCCGGCGAAGGUGAUUUUCGAAAACCGCGCGCCAAUUUGGGCCUUAAAAUACGGGACGUCAGCGAGGACUAUAUAACCUUCAAAUCGGACGAGGACUAUAAAAGACCCGAACCGCGUCCGAAACAGUUUGGCCCUAAGAUGCUGCCCUAUACUGACUCGCCUAAUAAUCGAGUCAUCAAAGAUAUCAAAGAGAUACAGAAAACGAUAAGAGCUAAAGAGUAUAGGACCCCAAAACAGGUCAUCACGGAUUUAUGUCGGGCUAGCGAAGAAUCCUUGAAGUUUAACCGACCGAUGCUCCGCAGUCAAAUCCAGCUCGAGGAACGGAAACUGGCGCACGCAGAUCGAAUAAUGCCCACGGAAAUAAAGGACACCAUCGACACGUUGAAAUUUCGAAGACCCCUGAGUCAGUACUACACGCCGGCUGAAAAAAAAAUUCACGGUCACAGUCCGGGGGUGUUUUUGGCCGAGGUAAAAGGCGAAAGUAUAAAUGGUGACAAAGCAAAUUCUCUAAAAGAACAAUCCGAAGACACGAUUAUAGACUUAAUGAAUGACCCGAACGAAAUAAACCCGAUAUCUGACAAUAAACGUUAUUAUCCAGUCGAUUCUACCGCACAAACCGAAAUUUCUAAGGGGUGUCCCUGUCUAAAGAAGCAAGAAGGCAAAAAGAACCUGAAAUGGAAGAUCAUUAUUAAUAAACAUGCCGGCAAUCAAUGUUGAGAAACCACGUAUUUAUUUGGUAAAAUAAAUCUUAUUAACGAAUGAUAGUUG